AUGACAAAAGUUUGCUUUCCAUCAAAGAAUGAACUUAUUUUAGCUCCAUAAUUGAUAUAACCAACAAUCUAAUCAAAAAUAGUGUAGUAACUGAAGAUUCAAACUGAUAAGCUAAUAAAACCAAUUAAGUAAUAAGUCUCUUAAACAAAAUCUCAAGCUGCUAAAUUAUUGAAAAUCUGUAAUUUGGAUGAUAAAUAAAGUUUAGAAAAAGUUUAGGAUGAAAAUUCUAAAAAUAAUUUGAAGAGGUUCAACAUCAAACUUAUUAGGAAUAAAGAUAAAUUAACCUUGAAAUCAGAAAAUUAGAUUAGAAUAAGAUCAUACUCAACAGAAAUUUAAACUAAUAGAACAAAUAAUUUAUCAAAGUCAUCAAAUAAGAAAGUGAGAUUUUAUGAAAAAGUUGAGUAUUGGGUUAUAAGCCAAAUAGAUGAUUAAGUAGGAAAUUAUAAAUACUUUGAACCUAUUAAAUUAAAAUGA